UUUGGACAUGUGCAGAGGAGGGACAUGGGGUAUAUCAGUAGGAGAAUGCUGAGAAUGAAGUCGCCAGAAAGGAGGACAAGAGGAAGACAAGGAGGAGGUUUAUGGAUGUGGUGAGGGAAGACAUGCAGGUAGUUGGUGUGAAAGAGGCAGAUGUAGAGGACAGAGAGUAUGGAGACGGAUGAUCCGCUGUGGCACCCCCUAAUAGAGGAAGCCGAAAAAAGAAGACGACGACUCUGUUCUAAACCUUUUCUCUACACAAGACAACUGAUGAUGUCUAAAGCACAUUAAGAAGGCAAUAAAUGUCACAAAUAAACUCUGUUCUCUUGGCUGUGUUCUUUCCUAAUCUGGAUGUCCUUCAGUAUUAAUGUACAAUACUGUAAAUAAUUAAUAACACACAAAAAAAGAAAAACAAUUGAAAGAGAUUGUGUUUCCAAACUAUUCAUUGGUACUGUGUAUAAAUGACCUGCAAUCAAAACGUCCUCUACAAUGGCCCCUUUGGAGUGAUUAUACAAUUCCAAACCGGAAGUCCAAUCCAAACUAAAACGUCAUUCCGGACCGGAAGUUUGUUUAAAUGGGGUGUUUGUUUUUGUUUGUUUUGAACUUGCUCAGAGUUUAUGGUUUAAAAUAAUAUAUAUCCACACGUUUUAUAUUCCUAUGGACAUUAUAAAAAAUAUUAAAACAAAACAAAAUAAUAUGAAACUAAAUAAAAUAAAUCGAACAUUAAAUCUUUAAAUAAGAUUUGGGAUUGGGACGCCACAUGUAAACCGCGUCUUGUCGUCGCGUGGAUGACGUAGGCGUCCUGCCGUCCAAUCAGAUGCAGCCUAAAGAGCCCAGGGUUUAGUCUUGUAUAGAGAAUGGCUUCCUUCAAAGGGAGCACUAUUAAUGUGUGUGGAAUAGCACUACAUAGUGCCCUAGGUGUCCUUCCGUGUGGGAUUUGUGGUCAGGCCUGGGAGAGCACAGGCGGAUGAUAUGGCAGCUUUAUGAGCGGCCAGGUGGAACUCGCUUUUGUGGUUCAAUUCCGCCUUAUGUCGGAUUGACCAGGCGGCGGAGAGAAUAGGAAUUAUCAUUAAUUAAUAUAAAAAAGAGAAAAUGAUUUACUUGAUUUUAAUUUCAGCGUUUACGGGGGCGGUGAUAACCGUGCUGUUACAGCUCGCACUCCUGUACCGGAGAAACCCGGAGCCCGUGGCGCGGACCGUGCAGUACGUCAAAGCGGUGCCGGAUCCGGUUCUAAAGGAUUACUUUACAAAUCCGCAGCCUCCAGACGCGUCCAAACAGCCCACGGAAGGUGCGUGUCCUGGGCCUCCUUUCUCUCCAUCGUCUUCCUCUUCUGCAACGCACCAUCCUCCUCCUCUUUCUUCUUCUCUCCCAUCUGAACCGGAGACGUGCGGCUUCCUCAACGCGAUCUUCCUGUUCCUGUUCCGCGAGCUGCGCGACACGCCGCUGGUCCGCCACUGGGUCACCAAGAAGAUCCGCGUGGAGUUCGAGGAGCUGCUGCAGACGCGCACGGCGGGCCGCCUGCUCGAGGGGCUCAGUCUGCGCGACGUGUCGCUCGGCGACUCGGUGCCCGUCUUCAAGACGGCGCGCCUCGUGCGGCCCGUGGCGCUGGACGAAGGCGGCAUGCCCGAGGAGCUCGGCUUCGAGGUGGACCUCGAGUACGCGGGCGGCUUCCACCUCGCCGUCGACGUCGACCUGUUGUUCGGCAAGUCCGCCUACCUGUUCGUGAAGAUGCGCCGCGUGGCCGGGCGCCUGCGCCUGCGCUUCAGCCGGCUGCCCUUCACGCACUGGUCGUUCGCCUUCGUCGAGGACCCGCUGGUCGACUUCGAGGUCAAGUCGCAGUUCGAGGGCAGACCCCUGCCCCAGCUCACCUCCAUCAUCGUCAACCAGCUCAAGAGGGUCAUCAAGAAGAAGCACACGCUUCCCAACUACAAGAUCAGGUACAAACCAUUCUUUCCGUUCCAAGUGCAGCCGACGCCUGAGCCGACGCCAGACUUCUCGGUCCAAGACGAGCGACUGGUGGAGGGACGUCUCCGCGUGAAACUCGUUGAAUGUAGCAGGUUGUUUAUUUUGGGCUCGUACGACCGGGAGACAUACGUCCACUGCACUCUGGAGAUCAGCAGCCAUGAAUGGAAGGAAAAAACUCGCAGCUCCAUUAAAAGGGUCACCACAGGUCAACAGAGGGCAGCGGGCUCUAGUUUGGGCAUCUCUUCCAUAGAAAAAGAGACUGAGGUCAUUAAGGGUCCUAACGGUAGUGUGGGAAUGACGUUCCGAAAUGUCCCAGCGACUGAAGGUGACGUAGUGCAUGUAAGCAUCGAGACAGUGACUCCAAACUCCCCUGCUGCCCAGGCUGACCUGCAGAAAGGAGAUCGCUUGAUUGCAAUCGGAGGAGUCAAAGUGGCAUCCUCUGUCCAAGUGCUAAAGCUACUGAAACAAGCUGGAGAUCGGAUAGUUGUCCUGUAUGAGAGACCAGUCAAACACAAUGUGCCUACCUUGGGUUUGGGACCUCUUCAAGACACUCUGGGUCCCUUGGAAGAACCUACAUACCCUGUGGCUGGGGGUUAUGAGGAGGACCCAGCACACAUUCCCACUAUGGACAUAACUGAUAGCAAAGACAAUGACUCAGAGUUUGAGGAACUGAUAGUGGAGUCCAAGCUAGCUGGAGCCCCAGCUAUUGCAGAAGCUAAAGAUGAUACUUUACUCUCUGUAAACCAAAGCCCUAAAAAAACUGUGGCCAAUCUGGCCUCCAAGCCCUUGGGUACAAUCUCGCCAAUUCUCAAUCGCAAACUCAACUUGGCAGGUCUUCAAUCGCCGCUCAAACUUCAACCAAAAGAGUCACCAAAGCCCUCACCGCUCAAGAGUUCAGAAUCAUCUGAACCACCGCAGAGGCCUACAGUGCCACCGCCACCACCACCUGUCCGUCCGCCUGUCCCUCCUAGGCCCCAUAUAAAAGUGACAUCUCCUUCUACAACCUGUGAAUCCCAAAACCUAGAAGCAAGUGACUCUGUAGUGGAGAAAACCCAAGAGAAAUCUCCACCUGCUUCAAGCAAUGGAGAGAAACAAGCAUCUGAAAGAAGUCCUACGAAAACUCAAGAGCCAAAGCUUGUAAACAAACCUGUAGAGUCCAGUGAAGAACUUCCAACAAAUCCCAUCUCCAGUAAGCAAGAUUUGAUUAAAGACAAGGUUGUCGAGAGUGCCUCUAGCCUUAAAGAUAGUAUGGAUGAGCAGGGCCACUGGGAGUCAGCUGAGACUAUGUUCCGCAACAGAUACGGGCACUGGAGCAAGUCUUCUUUAGUCUUUGAUGUGGAAAGCCACCAUAAAUAUCUUAAUGUAGCACUCUGGUGCAAAGAUCCUUUUAAGCUAGGCAGUCUCUUAUGCUUGGGCCAUGUUAGCUUGCAUUUAGAACAUAUAGCAUUGGAAUGCAUGUGCAUUUCAUCUGCGGAAUACCAGAGCACCUUUCGGUUGUGCGCCCCUGAACCGAGGGCUAGCGUCAGCCGUACCGCACUUCGAAGUCUUAGCACACACAAAGGCUUCAACGAGAAACUGUGCUACGGAGACAUCACUUUAAACUUCACCUACCUGGGAGAGGGCGAUUCAGACCAGUCCAGCGGAGUUCUUGAGAGGGAAGGAAGUUUGCAAGAAGAAGAGAUAAAAGAACGUGAGCGAGAACGGGACCAUGUGCCGACACUAACUCGGUAUGACCUAAAUUACAGCUCCAUGCAUCUCGAGGUUCGCCACAACUUUCAGGACACGCAGUUUCAGAAUCCCACCUGGUGCGACUACUGCAAAAAGAAAGUUUGGACCAAGGCGGCAUCCCAGUGCAUCACCUGUGCCUACGUCUGCCACAAGAAGUGCCAGGAGAAAUGUCUUUCCGAGUAUCCUUUCUGUCUUGCGAUUCCCGACCGACGAAGCGUAGACCCCGAAGCAAAAUCUACCAUCAACCGGGCGACCACUGGUCUCACACGGCACAUCAUUAACACCAGCUCCCGUCUGCUCAACCUAAGGCAGGUUCCCAAAGCCAGAAUAGCAGAACAAGCAGAGGUCUGCUCUGGAGUGCCAGAACCUUCCCCAAAACACACUCCCAACACCUCAGACAAUGAGAGCAGCGACACCGAGACGUACACAGGGGCUAGUCCUUCAAAACAACCCACAGCCAGUGGUGGCACAAAGCUGGCUCGCAAAGAGGGAGGGUUAGAUGAUAGUGUGUUUAUUGCCGUGAAGGAGAUCGGUCGGGAUCUGUACCGUGGUCUUCCUACGGAUGAACGCUCGCAAAAGCUGGAACUGAUGCUGGAUAAGCUUCAGCAGGAAAUCGACCAAGAGCUGGAGCACAACAACUCCUUGAUAUCUGAAGAGAGGGAAGCCACCGAUCCCCGUCACAAAGCCCUCGUCACCUCAGCUCUAACCAAGUCUGGUGAACGGCUUCAGGCUUUGACUCUGCUCAUGAUCCACUACCGCGCUGGCAUAGAGGACCUAGAGUCCUUGGAGAGCACCUCGCCUUCCGAACAGCACUGCUUCCCCAAGACCAAAGUAGAGGUUCUGGAGGAGGACUUGAUGGCUGCCGAAGUGUACGACAGUGACGUUUGUAGCCCAGUGGAUGUGCAAAAUCUAAAUGACAUUAGUGAGGAGCAACUGUGUGUGGAAGCAUUAACGCGUUAGAAAACGGAAGUCCUAAACAUCACUGACACUGGCAGCAUUUAAUUGGAGGAUUUCGGGGGACUGGAUGUGACUGUCUGGGAUGGGACUGGGAUAAAUUAUGAAUGUGAGGUUUGCAAAAAUAAGUUAUUUUGCAAGGUACACAGAAAUUGAUCUGGGGGAUUUUUCCAUAUUUAUCUUUUUUUUUUUCCUUAGCCUCUGUCAACCUUCAGUCCCAAGCAAGUCAGUCAAGUACAUCAAUGCAAUGUUUUAAAUAUUAAACUUUUAGGUCAGUAUUGGAAUUAAUCAAUAUUGAUGUAGAUCACACCGAGCUUUCCUGCUUUGGCUUUGUAAAGGGGAGACUCCCAUUUUUGUAGCAUCAGUGUUAAUGGUAAUAUUUGAGAUUAAAGAACUCCAGGAUGCUUUCUUGUGAGCUUUGCACCUUUUGCUUUUGUCUGCUUUAGUAGGAUUUAGCCAAGUACUAGAAUGUAACCUUCGAUAUUAGUUCCACGUGGAGCUCCAGCCUCCCUAUCCUGCUAUGUUGUGUUUUUACUUUCUCCAAUUUCUUUUUUUUCUUCAAUCUUCUUUAAACUUGAGCACUUUUUUAUUGUACUAAAUUUCCAUAUUUUGAAUUGUUCUAAAUGAUUUGUUCCUUUAUUUAUCUGUAUCCUUUUAAUAUGCCUGUUUAUGUUCAGUUACAAAGGAUAAAGGUGAUGCCUUUUUUGGGGGGGACUAUUAUUAUUUUUUUGUUGUUGUUCAGUUUUGUUGUAUUUUAAUGCCAAACUAAAUGUGACAAAUCA